CCAUCACCAUCUCCACCGCGUCUCUCUCUCUCUCUCUCUCUCUCUCUCUGAGACACAGACAAUAUGGAGAAAGCCGUGCUCGAGACAUGGCGGCCGGACCCGGUUUUCUGGCCGCUGGAGACGCCGCAAGAGCCGAUGGAGUUUCUUUCCCGCUCAUGGAGCGUGUCGGCGGUUGAAGUCUCCAAGGCUUUGAUUCCGCCGUCGCAUCCUCCGGCGACUCAGCUCCUCCUCUCGAAAACCUCCGGCGGCAGGGUCAUACUGGAAGAGGAAGCCGCCAUCUCAGGCGGUGACACGGAGGAGAACGCCGUCGCAGUCUCCGGCAACCCUUUCUCCUUCGCCACCUCCGAGACUUCUCAGAUGGUUAUGGAACGUAUCUUGUCUCAGUCUCAAGAAGUGUCUCCAAGAACAUCAGGUCGGCUCUCUCACAGCAGUGGUCCUCUCAAUGGUUCCUUGACCGACAGUCCUCCUGUUUCUCCGCCGGAAGUCGACGACAUUAAGCAAUUUUGCCGAGCAAACAACACACUGAACCAGAUUUCCCAGCUCCGUACAACGGCGGCGACUCCGGGGCCCAUCACCGGCAGCUCAAAAAGUAGCCACAGUGACGAACUGAUCAAUGAGGAGAAUUUCUUGGGGAUUUGCAGCAGAGAAUUGCUCGCCAGAGGGUGUGAACUCCUCAAACGCACCCGCAAAGGCGAUCUCCAUUGGAAAAUAGUUUCAGUUUACAUCAACAGAAUGAAUCAGGUUACUUUGAAGAUGAAGAGCAGACAUGUUGCAGGGACCAUCACCAAAAAGAAAAAGAACAUCGUGCUUGAGGUGAUAAAGGACGUACCGGCUUGGCCAGGUCGACAUCUGCUCGAGGGCGGAGAUGAUUUCAAGUACUUUGCGUUGAAGACGGUUUUGCGAGGCGUCGUGGAAUUCGAGUGCCGAAGCCGGAGGGAGUACGAGAUGUGGACUCAAGGUGUGUCGAGGCUUCUUUCUCUUGCAGCUGAGAGGAACAACAACAGAUAUAGGACCUGAAUUUCUAUUUUUUAACUUAUGGGGUCAAAUUAAAACUUGGAGAAAGUUUAGGGGUUUCUUUUAGAAUGGUAAAUUUUAGUGGGGGUGUAUGGUGGUAUAGGAUGAAAAUGGAAUGGGUCCACUAGGGGAGAUUUUUAACACUAAAAGGGGAUGGGUGAGGGAAAUGUGCUUUGCUAAAAAUGUUAGUGGGUGUUUGUAAUUUUUCAUGCUCUUUUUUUUUUUUGUAACCAAUGUUGGGACUAAAAACUAUUUAUAGAAAAGAGAGGGUACUAAUAGGGAUGGGUCCAUAUCCAUAUUUCUUGAUA